AUGAAAGAGCUCGGAUGGGACCCCACCGUCGAGCAGAUCCGUGAUGGAGAGGGUUUCCAAUACAAGUUCACUAUCGGGGACGAAGUGUUCACGACACGUGAAUCACAUUUACCUAGCACAGGCGGCGUACCCGACUCUGGUCGGCCGUCUACCUGUUUUCCCAUAAAAUUGGGCAAUAUUGCGCGAAAAGACACUGGCAUCCCACGCAGAGUCCAUACUCGCACUAUCUUCCAUGAUGUCGGAGUAGCUCUCAACAAUAUCACCUCUUUGGCCGACAUCCUGAGUUGCUUGUCCGGCGCACUUCAGGCCUUGCGUUAUAUGCACAAAGCAGGCUGGGUCCAUCGCGAUUUCAGCGUCGGGAACGCAAUUUGGUUCGGUGGUAUGGGGAAGUUGAGUGACUUCGAGUACGCAAAAAAGAUAGAUUCAAACACUUCUCAUGAUGUUCGAACGGGAACAAUGCGUUUUAUGGCGGUGGAAGCAGAAAGCGAGAUUUACCUUUUCCUUACACGUCAUGCACGCCGUCUAGACGACCGAUCUUCACUUCGCAUGAAUUUCCUGCACGACAUUGAAUCCAUAUGGUGGGUAUUUACCUGGAUUUUAUUUUAUCACACAGACACGAACACGGCGAACGCCGACCAUUCCUUUGAUGCACAUGCUCAGUUGAAAGAAUACUAUUUGGCCUUCCCUGGUACGGUCGGCCGGACAUCACGCCGGGACUUCUUCCUCGACGCGGGACAACUCCAAACGAAGCUUGAAAAUAUCCUUUCAAAGACGUGCUUUAAUGUUUGGAGCCCUAUUAUUCCUGAUUUCGCAGACGCUCUCCAAGAUAGUUAUCAAAAGGCGGAGGCGAAUUUUCCCUUGCUAGCGCUUGACGAUGCUCUUCUGGACGAUAUACACACAAAAGCGGCAGCAUAUCUCGAUGAUGCGCAACGGCGUGCCAGUGGCAUAGAACUUUGUCCGCUCUCCAAUCUCCUGAAGCAGAAGAGGCCCAGACCGGGAGAUGAAACAUCGCUUCCGCCAAAUAAUCAAGGGAAGAAGGCUCGUAAUGCUUGA